AUGGUCCAAAUCUGGCAAAUGGAACCAUACCCAUGUGGUGAUCCACGUCUUCCACACCAUCUCUUCCCACCAAAGAAGAUCACUCCGGAUGAGUUGAGCAAGCGUACCGGAACACUUUACUGGAAGCUGGACACUCUGGAUCAAGUGGCACUUGCCAAGAGACUGACAACUCUGAAAUUAGAGCACAAUUUCAAAAAAGAGGACAUCUUCACUUUGGACGCCGAGACUACUGCCAACUUUGACGACAAGAUUGAGGAGUUGUUCGAGGAAUCGUCGGUGCCAUUCGAGCAGGCUAGAAUGAUCAUCGAGGGAUCUGCGUACUAUGAUGUGGAGGAUAAGAAUGGGCAAUGGGUCAGAAUUUUCUGCGAGUACGGGGAUCUCAUUUUGAUUCCAUCCAACACUUGCUUCAGAUUCACCACUACACCAAAGAAUUUCGUAAAAAUGCGUCGUUUCUACAAGGAGGAAGAGGGCAACUAA